UAAUGUGAAAAAGUGCGAAAUCAAAGAAACCCCAAAUGAAAUUAGUUGAGAAGAAAAUUAACAAAAUAAAGUGCGAGAAAGAUAAGUGUGUGUGGAUCCCAUACAGUAUAUAGUAUAUAUCCACAGAUAAUCCACAGACGCGAGUGUCAAAAUGCAGCCCACAGCGGCCCCCGCCAGCGCUGGGAAGCAACAAUCUCUCUGAAAUCAAAAUUCAAUCAAAAAAAUAAUACACAUAACCAUCUGCAUAUACAUAUAGUACAUAGAUCUAUAGCAUAUAGCACAAAGCAUAUAGCAUAUAGCAUAUAGCAAACCUCAACGAGCAGCACUUUGAGCCGCAUUCAAUCAAUCAAUCAAUCAAAACCCUACUGCAACGGCCUCACCACGGAGUCCCUAGAGUUUUUGCGAUUCACCGAAGAGGACUUCGAGAUGGAUAUCCUACCGAGUGGGAAUAUCUUCAGCGAACUGGAGCGCAUCUGCACCACCGGCUACUUCUCGUCGCAGCCCUCCAUUGAGGAUCAAUGGCAACAGACCUGCUACGAGCUGGAGCGCUAUCUGCGGGACGAGCCGAAGUUCGUGAAGAAGAAGCUCCACAGCGAUCUGGACACCUCGGCCUGGGACAUCUUCUCGACGCCCGCCCGCCUGCUCGAGGAGCUGAAGAUCAAGGAGCAGAACCUGGACGCCAUCUCCACGACGUCGUCGGUCUCCUCGAACUGCUCGGGCAUCUCCUGGGACAGCAAUGGCUCGCAGGCGCUCAGCUGCGCCGUCCUGGUCAAGCAGGAGCGCAUCGACGAGGAGGACGAGGAGGGGGGCUGCGACGACAAGCUGGGCGGGCUCUUUGCGGCGCCCCCCUCGGCCAUCUCGCCCAAUCCCAGUAUCAGCAGUGCCAACGGCAACAUGACACCCACCAGCAGCAGCAGCAGCAGCAACAGUCACAUCAGCAGCAGCCCCAUCAUCCGCAGCAGCAGCUCCAGCAGCAGCAGCAGCAGCAGCAGCAGUGGCAUGAGUCAAGUGAGCAGCGGCCUGACUGGGGCCAGCACCAUCACAGUGAGCUCGCCGAGCAGCUCGGCGCCCGGCUUCAAGGUGCGCGUGGUGCAGGCCAAGAGCCAGGUGGGCAACGGGGCGCGGCUGCACCUCGGACACGUGCAGGACUUUGUCCUGCCGACGCUGACGCCGCCCUCCUCGCCAGAGUCCAGCCUGCGGAGCCACAGCAACUACGCGCAACAGAUCGAGGCCAACGAUCUGGCGGUCCUGAUCCAACAGCAGCAGCAGCAGCAACAGAGGCAGCAGCAGCAGCAGCAACAGCAGCAGCAACAACAGCAGCAGCAGCAAGGCAACUCCACACCCGCCACAGCGAUCCUGCGCUUCACCAGCAGCAAUCACCAAAACAAUCCCACAUUGACGCAACUGCAGCAGCAGCAGCAACAGUUGGCCGUCCAGCAUCUGAGCAUAUCGCCGCAGGCCCUCGGCCAGAGCGGCAAUACAGGCGGCGGCAGCAGCAGCAGCAGCAGCAGCAGCCAUUCUCCCCACAGCCAGCCGGGCCAGACGGGCAGCAGCAACAGCAGCUCCAGCAGCAGCUGCCACAAGGACCAGUCCACCCACAGCAACAUUCCGCGCAGCACCAUCGUACGGCUGACCACGGCAAACGGCAAGCCGGGAGCGGCUGGCAUCAGCCUGGCCCGCGUCAUCCAGAUGCAGAACAACGGCAACUCCAACGUGGCAGCCGUGCUCAGUGCAGCCGCCAGCAGCAGCAGCAGCAGCUCGCAUGGAUCCAGCGCGUCGACGGCACAGCAACAAGUGGUGGCGCCACGAGCCGACAAGGCCUCAAACGGUUCUGCCAAAAAUCAUCACCCGCGGCAACAUCACGGCGAUCACAGCCCGGACGCCAAGCGGCGGAUACACAAGUGCCAAUUCCUGGGCUGCAAAAAAGUCUACACGAAGAGCUCGCAUCUGAAGGCCCACCAAAGAACGCACACAGGUGAGAAGCCCUACAAGUGCUCCUGGGACGGCUGCGAGUGGCGCUUCGCGAGGAGCGACGAGCUGACGCGCCACUACCGGAAGCACACCGGGGCCAAGCCGUUCAAGUGCCGCAACUGCGAUCGCUGCUUCUCGAGGUCCGACCACCUGGCCCUCCACAUGAAGCGCCACAUGUGAGGCGAGAUCUAAGCGGGGUCGGAGACGGAGACGGAAACGGAGGACGAAGGACGGAGGAUGGAGGGUGGCAGCACCGCCGGCGGAGUCGGAGUGCAGCCGAAACUGUGUGCCAUCAAGGAACGAUGAAAAAACUGCGUAACGCGUAAUCAAAAUAACAGAGAAUUAAGGAGCAUUUAAGCGGAGAGUAAACGGAGAGAGUAAAGUGGGAGGAAAAUCAAAGAAAGCAUCACAACAAAACAAAACAAAACAAAACAAAACACAACACAAGCACAAAGACGGAAGACGGGAAUCAGAUAUUUGUGUUGCCAUUCAUCAGCGUUAUCGUUAUCGUUUUCGCUUUCGUUGUGGUUAUCGGCUAUCGGUUAUCGGUUAUCGUUAUCAUUGUCCUUAUCAUUAUCGUUUCAAUUGCAAAUUCGAUUUGUUUCAAUGCCUUGUUAAGCGUAAGUCUAAGCCACCCCCCAUACCC